GAAAAGAGGAGGAAGCAGCAAGGAUGGCGGAGUCACACCUCUGAAGCAAACCCUCGAGGGAUUCCAAAACCCUGAUGACCUUUGCAGCCUGAGGGAAACUUGUCCCUAAAGGUCCUGGGAUUGUAUGCAGCCUUGUCACUUAAGCAUGUGGCCCAUAGAUGCCACAAUCCAGUUGCUUCAAAGGAUUUUUUCUCACAUGGCAUUUUAACAAAAGAACAAAGUAUCAAAAGUUUCCAAAAAACCUUUGGAUCACACGAUCUUUAUUUCAAGGAUAAUCAUUAAUGUGUGGGUCUGCACAGGGAUGUUUUCUUUAAAAGCCUUCUUGGCUGUCUGUGUCCCUUUUUUCCCCAAACCAUAAGUAACCUGACGAGAGACUCUCAUGAGCAACUCUGCAGGAGGCCCGAUAACGUCGACAUGAGUAGUACUUUAGGCAAAGAAAAAGAUUCAAAAGAAAAGGACCCAAAAGGUGGUCCAGCGGGGAAAGAAAGGGAAAAGGAGGCCAAGGCUCUGGCCAGCUUAGUCAAGGAUGGUGGCAAAGAAACGAAGACCAAAGGGAAAGAUGCCAAAGAAGGAAAGAAGGACACUAGCAGCUCAACACCGGGUGUUGCCUUCUCCGUUGACAAUACGAUAAAGCGGCCAAACCCGGCACCAGGUACGCGCAACAAGAAGUCCAGCAAUGCCGAGGUGGUCAAAGAGCUUAAUAAGUGCCGGGAGGAGAACUCAAUGAGAUUGGACCUAUCUAAACGGUCCAUUCACAUGCUGCCCACCUCAAUUAAGGAGUUGACGCAGCUGGCUGAACUCUACUUAUAUAGCAACAAGCUGCAGAGCCUGCCGGCUGAGGUGGGUUGCCUAUCAGGCCUGGUCACUUUGGCCCUGAGUGAGAACUCCCUGACCAGCUUGCCUGACUCCCUGGACUCCCUUAAGAAGCUUCGAAUGCUCGACCUCCGGCACAACAAGCUGCGAGAGAUACCGGCUGUUGUUUACCGGCUGACCUCUCUGACCACGCUGUACCUGCGCUUCAACCGCAUCACAACGGUGGAGAAGGACAUUCGAAACCUUUCCAAGCUCACAAUGCUCAGCAUCCGGGAGAACAAGAUUAAGCAGCUGCCUGCAGAGAUAGGGGAGCUUUGCAACCUCAUUACUCUGGAUGUUGCCCAUAAUCAGUUGGAACACCUACCGAAGGAAAUUGGGAAUUGCACACAGAUAACCAACCUCGACUUGCAGCACAAUGAGCUCUUGGACCUCCCAGAGACUAUAGGCAAUCUAGCCAGCAUAAAUCGCUUAGGUCUGAGAUACAAUAGAUUGUCGGCCAUCCCCAGAUCAUUAGCCAAAUGUCGAGAACUGGAGGAGCUAAACCUUGAAAACAACAAUAUUUCAGUGUUGCCAGAGGGCCUCCUGUCAAGUUUGGUAAACCUGACCAGUCUGACACUGGCGAGGAACUGCUUCCAGUCGUACCCUGUGGGUGGACCAUCCCAGUUCUCCACCAUCUACUCCCUCAACAUGGAGCACAACCGCAUCAACAAGAUCCCGUUUGGUAUCUUCUCUCGGGCCAAAGUGUUAAGCAAGCUUAACAUGAAGGACAACCAGUUAACGUCUCUGCCAUUGGACUUUGGCACAUGGACCAGCAUGGUCGAGCUAAACCUAGCCACCAAUCAGCUGACUAAGAUCCCAGAGGAUGUCUGUGGUCUAGUCUCUCUUGAGGUUUUAAUAUUGUCCAAUAAUCUUCUCAAGAAGUUACCACAUGGUAUUGGGAAUUUGAGAAAGCUACGGGAGCUUGACUUGGAGGAAAACAAGUUGGAAUCUCUACCUAAUGAAAUUGCUUAUCUUAAAGAUUUACAGAAAUUGGUGCUGACAAAUAAUCAGCUCACUACAUUACCCAGAGGCAUAGGCCACCUCACCAACCUCACUCAUCUGGGUUUGGGGGAGAACCUGCUGCAACACCUUCCUGAGGAGAUUGGUACACUGGAGAACUUGGAGGAACUGUACCUCAAUGACAACCCCAACCUGCACAGCCUCCCGUUCGAGCUGGCCCUCUGCAGCAAGCUGUCCAUCAUGAGCAUUGAGAACUGUCCCCUCAGCCACCUGCCGCCCCAGAUUGUCGCGGGAGGCCCCUCCUUCAUCAUCCAGUUCCUCAAGAUGCAGGGACCAUACCGUGCCAUGGUCUGAGCCGAGAGCUGCUCAAAUCCCAGUCCUACUUUACUCUAAACCCUCCACUUGCUCUGCACCCUCUCACCUGCCCGCCCCCAUUAUGCGUAUCAUACACUGUAACGAAAAAACGGACUCGCUACAAUCAGUGUCGGUGGGAGGGGGGGGACAAGAAGAAGAGGAGGAGGGAAAGAAAAGGAAAAUGUUUCUUUCACCAUCCCUGGGCAGAAACAAGGUGAAUCUUUGGAGACUUGACUUCUGUGUUGCUCCAGAGUUUAUUAUGGUCAUUUUAGGACCCCACCCCCCGCCCCCCCUGCUCAUCUUUCAUUCCGAAUCAUUUAAGAGGAAAAUAUUUCCAUCUCUUUGCCAAAACUGAAGAUAUAUAAAGUUAUAUAUAUUGAGUAACUGUGAGCUAAGUGGCAAGUCUUUUAACCAUAUAAACCAUGCUCCCAUUGCCAAUGUAUUUACAGUAAUUACAAGCAUCUAUUAUGUGAGCAAGGAUACAAUUGUAUGCAAAAACAAAAGUCUUUGGAACUUCACAUUUAUUGCUGCUGCCGUAAUUUAACUUUGUCAUCUUGUUGUUUAUUUUUUUUUCUUUUGAUAU